AUGAUCAAUUUAUUACUUCUAUUUAUUACAUUUUCAUUAUCAAAACAAUGUAGUGAAUACAAUCAAGGAUAUGAAAUAGAUACAGUAGAUAGUGCAUUUGAAUGUAUUGAAUCAAUUGAAACAACAGAAAAAGAAAAUGAAGAUAUUAUUAAUGGAUUAAAAGAAUAUUUGGAAGUAUAUGUUUUAAAAGAUAUAUUAAAGAAUCCACCACAACCAUCAUUUUCAAAUAAUUAUUAUGAAAAAGUGGAUAUUGAUGAACAACUAAAUAAAGUAAAUACAAAAACAACAAAGAUUCUUCACUUACAAUUUUAUGUUGAUGAAAAACUUAAUAAACCAAAUUCAGAAUUAGUUUAUUUUGUUUAUUUCCUUCCAUUUACAAUAUAUAUUGAUAAUAAUAAGAAAAUGUAUUUAAUUCCUAGAAACGAACUCCUUGAUACUCCUUUUGGUGUUCCAGAAAUAGUUAAUAAUAAAAAUGUAGCAGUUAAAACAAUAAAUGGAGAAGAUCCAUUUAAUAUUAUUCGUGAAUUUGGAAAGAAAUAUAUGGGAUUAAAAUGUCCACAUGCACAGUUUACAUUAGCAAAAGAUUAUUUAGUUGAAGGCAGUUUGAGUGGUACACCAUUAUCAAAAGAAUAUUUAAACACACCAAUAAGUAUUACAUGGGAAAAUGAAGAAAGUGUAACAGUUAAUUAUAAGAUAAUUAGAUUUAACAGAUCAAAUCAGAAAUUCCAACAAGCACUUGAAAGAAGUAAGAGAAGGGGAAUAAGAGAUGUGUUAAGAAUAGAAGAUUUAGAAGAAACAAAUAAAACAAGAACAAAAGAAAAUGAAAAUAAUGAAUAUCAACCAAAUUGUUCUCCUGAAAAUAAAGUAUGUUGUUUAACAACAAGUAAUAAAGUAAAUACAUUAAUUGUAAAAACUUUUAGUAUUAGAGAAGAAAACAUAUUAAAUGAAAUAGCUGAAUUUCUAGAUAAAUUAGAAGAAUGUGUUAAUUCAUUCUAUUCAAAUGAAUAUCCAAUUCAAGUAAUAUUUCCAAAGAAUAAUGGAGGUUCAGUAGUACCACUUGCACAGUUAGUUGAAAAAAUGAUAUCACCAUAUGAUGAUGUAGAUUACAUUGGGUCAGUAAGAAUAUCAGAUUUCACAGAAGAUAUAAUUAAAAAAUCAUAUAUUGAAUUAAUGUAUGAUCCAGAAACAUGUGAAAGAAGAGAACAAGAAAAUAACCCAAAAACAUUUGGAGAAUGGUAUUCAAAUCCAAAAAUUAUUAAAUAUGGUGAUGUUGAACUAAAGUUUCACAACCUUCUAGUUUGA